UGUGGCUCUGGACGAGUGGGGAGCCUGCUGCCCCCUGGUGGCAAGGCUGGGCGUUGUGUCUCCUUGCAGAACACGCCAUGCCUGCGGGCUGCAGGUGAGAGGGGCCUAGGCAGCCCAGGACAGCAGAGACUGCUGCCUGUGGGGCCGGCAUCGGCCUUCCCACCAGGGGCUGAGUGCCUCCCUCUUCUCAGCCUGACAGUGUCCUCCACUGGGUGUCCAUGGUCCUGCUCACCAGCCCCCUCACUUGGUUCCAGGUGGUCUUCGGGAAGAAGCUUCCUGCCUUUGCCACAAUUCCCCUUCAGCAGCUGCAGUACGAGAAGAAAUAUGACAUCUACUUUGCCGAUGGAAAAGUUUUUGCCUUGUACAGGCAGCUGCUUCAGCAUGAGUGCCCGCAGUGCCCUGAGCUGCCGCCCUUCGGCCUCUUCGGGGACCUGGAGCAGCACAUGCGGAAGCAACACGAGCUCUUCUGCUGCAAGCUAUGCCUCAAACACCUCAAGAUCUUCACCUACGAGCGCAAAUGGUACUCGCGCAAGGACCUGGCGCGGCACCGCAUGCAGGGGGACCCCGACGACACGUCACACCGAGGGCACCCGCUCUGCAAGUUCUGUGACGAGCGCUACCUGGACAACGACGAGCUGCUCAAACACCUUCGCCGUGACCACUACUUCUGCCAUUUCUGUGACUCGGACGGGGCCCAGGACUACUACAGCGACUACGCCUACCUGCGCGAGCACUUCCGGGAGAAGCACUUCCUGUGUGAGGAGGGCCGCUGCAGCACGGAGCAGUUCACCCACGCCUUCCGCACCGAGAUUGACCUCAAGGCCCACAGGACAGCCUGCCACAGCCGGAGCCGCGCCGAGGCCCGCCAGAACCGCCAGAUUGACCUGCAGUUCAGCUACGCACCCCGGCACUCGCGCCGAAACGAGGGGGUCGUUGGGGGCGAGGACUACGAGGAGGUGGACAGGUACAAUCGCCAGGGCCGUACCGGCCGGGCCAGUGGUCGUGGAGCCCAGCAGAGCCGUCGAGGAAGCUGGAGGUACAAGAGGGAAGAAGAGGACCGGGAAGUGGCGGCUGCCAUCCGGGCCUCAGUGGCCGCACAGCAGCAGCAGCAGCAGCAGCAGGAGACACGCAGGAGUGAGGACCGGGAGGAGGGCGGCAGGGCCAAGAAGGAGGAGGCAGGGUUGCGGGGGCUCGAGGAGCCCCGAGGCCCCCGGCGCCCACCCCGGACUCAGGGCGAAGGUGCAGGCCUCAAGGAAGCCUCGCCAAAUGGUCCUGUAAGCCAAGAGGGCCUCCCAGCCCCUGGCCCAGCCACAGGGACCAUGCUGCCAAGCACCCUCCCACCUCCCACUUCGAAGCUCAAGGAUGAAGAUUUCCCCAGCCUCUGCGCCUCCACGUCCUCCUCCUCCUCCUCCUCGUGCUCUGCUGCCACGGCCCUGGGCCCCGUGGGGCUGGCACUGGCGUACCCUGUCCCUGCCAGGGGCAGGAGCACCUUCCAGGAGGACGAUUUCCCCGCCCUGGUGUCCUCUGCCUGCAAGCCCAGCACCGCCCCCACCAGCCUCAUUUCUGCGUGGAACAGUAGCAGCAGCAAGAAGGUGGCGCACCCCAGCACGGGGGCCCAGGCCGCUGGCGGGAGCAGCCAGCCCCCCAGGAAGGCUGGGAAGGGGGGCAAGGGCAGCAAGAAGGGUGGGCUGCCCCCCUCAGAGGAGGAGGAGGAGGACGGCCGUGCCGGCCUCACUGCCCAGGAGCUGCGAAGCGUGCCCACCACGGUAGCGGUAUCCUCCCUGCUGGCUCUGGCCUCCACCCAGACAGUCACCAAGGUUGGCAAGAAGAAGAAGGUGGGCUCGGAGAAGGCAGGUGCCGCCUCACCCCCCCCACUCCCCCCGGACAAAGAUGGGCCCCCUGGGGCUGGGCAGGCCCCCACCACGACCGCCGGCAGAGCCGAGGGGCCCAUUGCCCUCAUCGUCAACGGACACACAGAGGGCCCGGCCCCAGCUCGGAGCACACCCAAGGAACCUCCUGGGCUCCCGCGGCCCCUGGGGCCCCUCCCCUGUCCCACACCCCAGGAAGACUUCCCAGCACUCGGAGUCCCCUGCCCUCCCAGGAUGCCCCCUCCCCCAGGCUUCAACGCUGUGGUGCUCCUGAAGGGCACCCCGCCCCCGCCUCCACCCGGCCUGGUGCCCCCCGUCAGCAAGCCACCCCCCGGCUUCUCGGGCCUCCUGCCCAGCCCCCACCCAGCCUGUGUCCCCAGCACUGCCACCACCACGAAAGCGCCCAGACUGACACCUACGCCACAGGCCUACCUGGUGCCCGAGAACUUCCGGGAGAGGAACCUGCAGCUCAUACAGUCCAUCAAGGACUUCCUGCAGAGUGACGAGGCCCGCUUCGGCAAGUUCAAGAGCCACUCGGGGGAGUUCAGACAGGGCGUGAUCUCCGCAGCCCAGUAUUACAAGAGCUGCCGCGACCUGCUCGGGGAGAACUUCCAGAAGAUUUUCAAUGAGCUGCUGGUGCUCCUGCCUGACACGGCCAAGCAGCAGGAGCUGCUGUCCGCACACACGCACUUCCGGGGCCGAGACAGGCCUCCUGGCACCAAGGCCAAGAAAAACAAGAAGAGCGCGUGGCAGGCCAGCACCCGGCCGGCGGGCCUGGACUGCUGCGUGUGCCCCACCUGCCAGCAGGUGCUCGCGCACGGUGACGUCAGCAGCCACCAGGCACUGCACGCUGCCCAGGACAACGACUUCCCCUCCCUGCAAGCCAUCGCCAGGAUCCUCACGUAGCUCCCGCCGGCAUGGGCAGGAGCUGCCACACCCAUGAGCCUCCUUCCUUCUUCCUCCUUCCAGGCUGCCAUGCAGCCCGGUAAGGCCCUGGUGAGGCCGCCUGCUCAGGCCCCUCUGCCGGCCAGCCCAGCCGGGGUCGCCAAGAAGGCCCACCCUGCCCUGUCAGCACACCAUCACGUAGGAGUCCAUCCAGUUUCCUCCUGGGAAGCGGGCGAAGAUCUCUGCCUCAGUGGUGGGCUGGUCUUGGUUUGUUUUCAUGCUUUUGGAAGGUGCGAGGGGAGGGAAGGGCCGGGACGCGGGAACCUGCCCGUGCUGUCGGAGCUAGGGGCAACAGCGGCCGCCUCUAGGCCCCCUGAGCCCGAGGGCUGCAGCACCACGGCCCCCGAGCCAGAAGCUGUGGGGCCACUGGUGCCGGAGUCAGAUGUUGAGCGUGUUGUGUAAACAGUUGGCUGUUUCGUGAUUCAAGAAUGUUCAGGAUUAAAAGCAGACACGAAAUUUGCUACUUGAAGUUGAAUCUUUGUAUGAGACAAGCUGAAUCUGGGAUCUCAAAUUGCCUCUGACCUUUUAUAAGACUGUGUAUCUUCAAAUAAAUUUAUUUUGCAAUAAUGCACAAA